AUGGUUGAACUACGAAAGCGCAAGGCGCCAGCACAAGCCCCUGCGCCAGAGCGAAAGGUCAAGAAAGUUCAGAAAUCCACGAUAUCUCGAGAACCGGAUGUCCCUAAGGGCAGUUCCAACGAUAAGGCUCCAAAAGUUGGCGACAAACUAGACUUGGACAACUUUGGUGGUGAUAUUGAGACUAACGAUGGCCAAAAAACCACGCUGAAAGAUCUUGUCGAUGCUAGUAAAGCCGGUGUCGUGCUGUUCACGUACCCCAGAGCUUCAACCCCAGGCUGUACCAAACAGGCCUGUUUGUUUCGUGACAACUAUGACUCUAUCACGGAGAGUGGCCUAUCGAUCUACGGCCUUUCAGCGGACUCGCCGAAGGCAAAUACCACGUUCAAGGCUAAACAAAGGUUGCCAUACCCUCUUCUCUGCAAUCCUACCGCUACAUUGAUAGCAGCUCUUGGACUCAAAAAGUCGCCAAAAGGCACAAUUAGAGGAGUCUUUGCUAUCGAUAAACAUGGCAAAGUCUUGAUAAUACAGGCUGGAGGCCCUGAUGCAACGCUUGACGCUGCACGAAAACUGGUUGCAGAAUUGAAGGAACAAAGUUCUAAAGACGAAACCCGGCACGCGAGUCCACCAGCUAAGGCUGAAUAG